AAGAUAAAAAACAAAAUGAGCUCCCAGAAAGGAAACGUUUCUCGAUCGCGACCUCAGAAAUAUAAAAACACAAAGGCUUUUAAAAACGACAAAUACGGCGCGACUGUGCAAGUAAAAAAGGCCAAUUCAAAGAUCCACGAUGGACUCUGUCAACACUGCAAAGGAGUUCUUGAGUGGAAAGUCAAGUACAACAAAUACAAGCCUCUAACUCAGCUCAAAAAGUGUGUCAAGUGCUCUCAAAAGACUAUAAGAGAUGCAUAUCACAUCAUCUGCAAGCCCUGUUCGCUCCAGCUUGACGUCUGCUGCAAAUGUGGGAAGAAUGAGGAGAUUGUUAUACCGGUGAACUCACACCUGGAUAGCAAUGAACAAGAAGAGGAAGAGCCAAAGAGAAAGAAAGGAAACAAGCGAGGGAAAAAAGAGGAGGAGGAUUUCGACUCUGAUGAAGAUUAUGAUGAUGAAGAUGAUGAUGACUUUGAGGAUGAAGCAGACUUUGACAUAGACUCAAAACCGAAGAACACACAAAACAAACGUGAUGUUAUCCCAGAUGUGUCUCUACUAAAUGUUAAAGAUUAACUUUUUUCUUUCCAUAUGUUCUGACUGAGUUCUGUACAGAAUUAGAUAUUUUAGACGUUCGGCCAAAAACCUGACGGAACAACAGAGAUUCUGGAUGUUGCAGGAAAAUAGGAUGAAAUCUACAGAUGGUUGAUUAAUCAUAUUUUGUAUUAUUGAUAAGUUACCUGUUUAUUGCAACUAAUUCAACCCUAAUGGAAGAGGUGGUUAAUAGCUAGAGUCAAAUUUGAAAUAUUUUACAUUUUGACAGAAUAGUAUGAUGAAAACAGUCUUUUUUUCAUAAAAGAUUCAAAUUUUUCAUCCUUUUUUUUUCUUUUCAGUUCAUUUAAUAUUUUUUAUUCCCUUCAAAUUUUCAAAGCUAAAACGUGCUUCUUCCUUUAAAUACUUAUACACUCAUUACGUACAUAUUUAUAUCAUUGAACUUUAUCUCAUUUUGUGACAAAGAGGAAAUAAGCGUAAUUGUGACAAAACCAGGUAAUGCAUGGUUCCAAAAUCUUUGUAAAAUAAAAAAAAA